GUCUAAUCUCUGCACGACCUGUCAAUUAUUUUGCUAAAAUUAGACUAUUUUUUAACUGUGUGAGCCCACUUGUCACGGUUCACCUGGUAUGAACGGUAUAAAAGAAGAUAAUAUCCAUACAAUGACAGAUUUUAAAACAGAAGAUUCACAGUAUAGUCGACAGGUGCACCUUUUAGCGUUUUCGUGUUCUUCGAAUUUUUAAUCCUCACUGCUGCCAUCGCCAAUUUUGCCCGUUACAAACUUGACUCUGUCGAUCGACCAUCAUAAAAGCGAUUUUUAUUUUUCCUGCUGCUAUUAAGUGACCCUUUGUGAACUCUGCGGACGAUCUGCAACUCAGGAAUCUUUGAUAAAGCCGUCAUGAAGGCUAUUUCAACUAUUCGUACCGUGUUCCACCAAACUAUCCAUGCCAACCGAAGACCCCUGUCUCUUACUACGACAGUUAAAAGAUGGAUGGGAGGCCAGUUACCAGGGCAACACUCCCAGGAGUUAGCCGCAAGGACCACGAUGGCUUACUCCCCGUUUGAAACAUUAAACAAAUACGAGAGCCACGUGGAUUUGUUCUCUUGCGACUAUCUUGGCCUUGGUCAAAACGAGGAGCUUAACUGGGUACACGCCUAUUCGAUUCUCCGUCACGGAAUGGACAGAAUCUGUUCCUGCGUUGUCUCACACCCAGGCGAUUCUCCUGUUAGGGAUACAGAGAGGGCCUUGGCGCGGUGGUUGAAGAGCGAAAGUGCUGCCCUCACCUAUUCCUGCACAGCAGCAAACAUUGGAGCUAUGGAGAUAUUGCUCAAAGGAAACCAGCGACCAGUCUACGUGGACCGUUUUGCUCAUGCGACACUUCAAGUUGGAGUGACUUUUGCCGGUGCUGCGGGGAGAUUGCAUGUGUUUCAACACAAUGAUCUGGAUCACCUCCGAUCACUGAUAGCAAAAACAGGGAGCGGAGUGGUAGUCGUGGACUCGAUUUACAGCACUAACGGAGAGGAAGCACCGAUGGCCGACUUGGUGGACUUGUGCCACGACCUUGGUUGCAUCCUCGUCGUAGAUGAAAGCCACGCACUUGGCGUAAUAGGGGAGCAAGGUGAAGGUUUAGUCGCCCAUCUUGGUCUCGAAGACGGCGUUCAUGUAAGAACCACAUCAUUACAUAAAAGCCUUACAUGCGAUAAUGGUGUCAUUGCCAGUAGCCGUGACGUCACAGACUGCUUCAACCACGCCACAACGUUAGGCAUAUUCAGCAAUGCCAUGCAAAUCUCUGGCGCAAUGAGAGUGAAAAAAGCAAUGGAGUUGGCAAUGCAGGCAACUGAACAGAGAGAGAACUUGCGAAAAAUGUCUAAAUCAUUCCGACAACAGCUUAAAGAAGCUGGCUUCCCGGUUAGGACCGACAUCGACCACCCCAUAGUAUCUGUAGUUGUCGGUCAGUCUGCUAGGGCGGUAGAAAUACAUCACUAUCUGUGCUCUAAGGGGAUAUACCCUUGGGUUUUCUUUUAUCCGGCGACCCCAAAAGACGGAGCCAUGGUGAGAUUUGUGAUCAACCAAUAUUUGACCCCAGAGAAACUCGCCUACACCGUUGAAACAAUAAAGAAUUUCAGAGAUGAUCUAAAGCCACCCACUGGUAUGGGUAGAGAGGAGAGAAGUGUAAUCAGUCAAGCUAUCAUAUAAUCAAGAUCAUAGAUCAACGCAUAUUACCUUUAUUUAGCAUUGUCAGCAUAGAAGAAGACAUUGUUGGGUUCAAGAUAAACAGAAGAUCGAAUGUAUUCAGUAUGUGGUAUUCUGCAUUUAGACAUUACUAACCCAUCGUGUCUCCAUCCAGGGACUACAGGCACAACAUAAUUUAUAUACACGUAUACUAAACACUAUUUUGAGCUAUUUUUAGACUGAGCACAAGUUAACUUAUAAGAGUUACUGGCAGAUUCAACUAAGUUUAAUCACUAGCUCAUUAAGAUCAUAAAUAUUUAACAAUACAGCCGAACAAUUUUGCUGUAAUGAAUAGGGAUGGAUGAACUGCUUAGUUUAUUUUUGGUUUUAAAUUGAUUCUACGCCAUUGCUUUCCCUCCCGGGGACAGCCAUACCAUUUUUCUUAUAUGGACGCCUUCACCUUAUACACUAGGUCAUUUUCUAUUCAUAUUCUCUAAAGAACCACAAGUACAGUUUCCUAAGUACAUGUAUGUAAAUAUAUCACCUCUUAAAGUACACUCCACGGUACAGCAAAAACAUUGGUCAUAGUAAAGAGAUAAUAACGAGAGGCGUGCACGGCUAAUACCGAGGUUUCCAUGGGAAUAUAUUUCACGGUUUACCUUAGGACUAUGUAAUGUGCUAUUACUAUUAAGAGCAAUCACAUUUACCAGUAAAACUAAUUCAUAUAUUUAACUUCUAUCAGGGAUGUUCAAAGAUUUGGAUUAGGUUCCGAACGGAGCAAACUAUUAAUUGUUAUUAUAUUUGCUCAUUCUUCUACUUAAACAUAUUCUUCUUAUGCGUUUUUUUUUUUUUUUUUUCUUUUUAUUCCUUUAUACCAUUGCUUGAUAUUUUGAGGUUUUGAUGAGCUGAUAACAAAUUUAUCAUGAUUUUGCUUAAUGUCUACUGAAUCAACGGGCUGCCGAUAAAA